AUGCUACCGACCCUCAUUCCAGCCGCUUCUGCAGCCGGCAUCGGGAAGGGCAUCGCCUGUCCGCCACCUGCCUACGGCUGCACCCGGCAACAUCGGGGACUCCACCCGCCCCGCUUGUGCGAACCCCUCCUCGCGCUGCAUGCGAGGCACUUACCCGAGCGGCCGCGUGCCAGAAGGGCUAUUGCCGACCGUCUCCAAAGCGAUUGCUUCGAGCUUUCUCCUUGCGCGCGCACCCGCCGUUACCCUUGGCGAUUCGGCAGCGAGCGCAGCCGUGUUGCUGUCGCAGCAGCGCAGUUCUCCGCAAUGACGGCGGGGACAGGCGGAGUGGGGGGAUCAGAGGUGGUGGAGAGCGGGGGAAGCGGGGACAGCAGAGAGUGGGAGAUGGGAGAGGGGAGAGUGCGUGGAGGACGCGUGAACAUCGUUCCGCGGCAAGAAGCGGUGGAGGAGAAGCGGGCGGGCACGGCUGCAAGGGGAGUGCACGUGGGGGAGGUGGUGCGGGGCAGCGGCGUGGAGGAGGCAGAGCAGGCAGCGGCGUCACACAUGACUGUGCGAGAGGGCGAGCACGUGGAACGAGGCUAUGCUGCAGGGGUGGGAGCGAGGGCAGCAGCAGGGCGAGGAGACAGUGCGCUAGCAGAGGAGUGGGGCACAGCAGGCUCGCUCUCACGCACGCGCGCACAGCCCACACCCAUCUGUCCUGACCUGCCUGUGCUGGCUGCCAUGAUGCCAGGGUCAGCCCCUUCAGCAGGGGCAGCAGGCCCCUGGGCGGAUGCGCCCUCCAGUGUGGGCAGUCACAGGAGCGCCCAUGCGGAUGCGUGUGCGUCAAUGGAGGGCCACCUGUGCAAGGAGCCGUCGCUGCUCGUCUUCUCAGGAGGCACGGCGUUCAACGCGGUGGCGGAGGAGGUGCACGAGUGGACCACCGCUGUGGCGCACGUGUUGCCCGUCUCCGAUGAUGGCGGCAGCACCGCAGAGAUCGUGCGCGUCAUAGGCGGGCCUGCCAUCGGUGACAUCCGCUCGCGCUGCCUGCGCCUGUCCGACGGGUCUAGCCACGAGGCCAGAGCGGUGCGGCGACUGCUGGGACACCGCCUGCCACUGCACCCCGCGCAAGCCAAGGCAGAAUGGGUGAGCAUAGUGGAGGGCGAGCACGAGCUGUGGGGGGGCGUGUCGGAUCCAUACAAGGAGAUCAUCCGCGCCUUCCUCCUGCACUUCCACUACCAGAUUCUCCGCAAUGCAGGCCACCGCUUCUGCUUCCAGCAUGGCAGUGUGGGCAACUUCUUCUUCUCGGGCGCGCGCUCCUUCUUCCGCUCGCUGGACGCCGCCAUCUUCCUCUUCUCGCGCGUCUCCAACAUCCCACAGCGCAGCCUCGUGCUGCCCUGUGUCUGCACCAACGACCGCUUCACUCUCGGCGCCGAGCUCUACGACGGCAGCAUCAUCCGCGGGCAGAACGACAUCUCACACCCCGCUGUCGUGGACAGCCCACGCCACCUGCCGCUCUCCGUUGACAAGUCUUCUGACGCGUCGCCUCCUCUGCCCGCCCCCAUCCGCCGGGUGUUCUACAUGUCGAGUGAAGGCACCAACCUGCUGCACGAGGUGUUCCCACGGGUGAAUCCGCGAGUGCUGGAGCAGAUCGCAUCAGUGGAUGCCAUCAUCUAUGGCAUAGGCUCCCUCUUCACCUCCAUCUGCCCCUCCCUGGUACCGACCUACACCCCUCCUUUCUAA